ACAUUACAACGUUAAUAGUUUUAUUUACUCCACCAUGAAGGAUAACAUUUUCCUUUCCAUGCUUUUCCUUCUCUCAUUUUUGCCCUUCAUUGGCAAUUACAUCAAUGAGGCUGCGUCGGCUGUACCCUGCAUCACGGUGGAGGCCAAGGCUGCUGGGUAUGUUGGUUUUGCGAUGGGGAAGGACACGAUGCCGUCUCCUGCUUGUUGCAGCGGACUCCAACAGCUUGCUCAAAUGGUUAAACCUAUCGACGAUAAGAAGGCGAUUGGCCGAUGCUUGAAGGGUGCUGUAACUGGAUGACGCCUUGUUGAACAAAAAUUCUUGAACGGCGC